AUGUCUGCCGCAGCGUCAAUCACCGCAACCAAACCCUCCCUCACAACCAACGACUCGGCCGUCCUCCAGGCUCUCUUCGACGCCGAAUCCUCUCCCUCCUCAGGUGUCACCGUCGACUCGGCUCUCCCCCAACUCCCAUCACACCUCAACAUCUCCGCCAAAGAGCACUCUUUCCUCCAAGCCCGCGAGAAGGAGAUCAUCACACCGCUAGCAUCAACAACACAGCCAACACCAGAAACCCUACAGUCAGCAAUCAAUGCCUUCGACGCACUCAUCACCCAGCACCCAACAUAUCCCUCCGCCUACGCAAACAGAGCUCAAGUGCUACGAAUGUUAAUCGAGCCUGAACAGCAACAAUCCUCACCAGAAACCAAAAACGAAAACGAAAACACAACUCCAGACUUCUUUACUCCCUCCGCCACCCCAUUCCUCUCCACCCUCCUCUCAGACCUAGGCCAGGCAAUCACCCUCUCAACACCAGAGUCACCCGCGGACCCAGUCUCCCCAUCCCAAGCACGGCUUCUCGCGGACUCACACACACACCGCGCCUAUCUACUCCUCAAGAUAUCCCGGCAGCUCAAAAGCAAGAAUGCAGAAGAUGCCGAAGCUAUCCCGGAGAGACUGAGAGAGCUGGGGUCCGAGGGGCUAGAGGAGAUGGCAAGUCGGGAUUUCUUUUUCGGUGGGCGCUACGGCAAUAAAGUCGCGCAGCAGAUGGCUGUGCAGACGAAUCCGUAUGCGAAGAUGUGUGGGGCUAUUGUGAAGGAGGCGAUGAGGAAGGAGGUUGAGGGGUAG